UUCUAUAUACAGAAACAACAAUAGUUUCAACUCCAAAUUCCACUACCAUUUUGGAUACAAAUCAUUCAAAAUGAAAAACAAACUAUACAAACAAAAAGAACCACAAGAGAGAUAUACCACACUUGAGUGGCUGGGCGGCUCGUGUGGAAGCAUGAACCUGGGGAUCUCUCUUGUGAGAGACACACACACAGGCGAACGCCUUAUCUGCAAAGAGAUUAAUGCAAAUGCCGCAGAUUAUGAGCAUGAGGUUGCAGAAUUACUGUCCCAAUUCCCAAACAUCGUUCGGGUACAAGACUAUAUUCCAGCAAGUCAAGCUCAAGACAGCGGUUCCGGCAGUAAGCUCUACAUGCAGUACUGCGACAGUGGUGACUUGGGGGAUCUGAUCAAUAACCACAGCGAUGCUGGAAAGAAGAUCCCCGAGUCCUUUAUCUGGCACGUCUUCUACUCUAUCGCGAAAGCUUUAGAGGCGUGCCAUACUGGACUUGGUGCCGAAAAUUGGGUGCCAUACUGGCAUCAUGAUCUGCACAAGAAGAAUGUCUUCCUCGACUCUUCGAAGAACGGGGAUGAACACCCUAAAGUUCUCCUUGCUGAUUUUGGUCUCACAGAUACAUCCCAGAGCCCGGAUGUCUUGGAGCUGAUGGCUCAAGGCACAGAUUGCUAUAACUUGGUAGAAAUCAUUCUCCAGUUAUGCCUGCCUGAGGAAGCCGAUGAAGUUCACGAGGAUUGGGCAGAGCGCUUGAAGGAGCUCGAUGGGCGGCAGGAUGGUAUGUACUCUCGCGAGCUCAAGCAAAUUCUGUACACCUGUGAUCACGCCUGGUUCCGAGACCAAAAUGACGACAAGAAAGUCGUCUGCAAGAUGGUCCGGAUGAUCGAAGAGCUCCGGCCUCAGAACAGAUUGCAUGAGCAUGAAGGCAAGGUUUUGUCCGGUUCUGCGCAAAGCUCGCGCUCGCGAGUACCCUCCCUGAGUCGACGAGCAGCCUAA